CGCCGUCGCAUCUCCCUGCGACACCAUAUACCGGGAUCCGUAUGGCUUCGACUGUGGCAGCGGAAACAAAAACAGAUGAGGCUUACCAAACGGGUGAACUCAGCCCGGCGCUGCGGAUGCGUGCAAAACGACUCAAAUCACAGUACAACGCCUUGAAAGCCCGAGCCAACGCAGAAGCAGCCGAGGGUGUCGAGUUCAACAAAGAGACAAUCGCUUUGAAUAAGCGAAUAAGUGACUUGGAAGAUGUAUCGAACGCUUUACAGGCCUUGGAAGACGCGGAACGAAGCAUCGAAGAACUCCAGAAAGAGAUGAACUCGACCACAGAUCCGGAUAUGAAAGCAAUGGCUCGCGAAGACAUGGAAGCUACAGUCGGCGGCCUGGUCAAACUGAAAGAAGAGCUCACUAUCGCGCUUACACCGAAACACCCUCACGCCCACCUCCCCGCUCUUCUCGAAAUCCGAUCCGGUAUCGGGGGUGAUGAAGCAUCCCUCUUCGCCCACGAUCUCCUCAGAAUGUACGAAAGGUACUGCGCCAUAGAGGGCAUGCAAUUCAAAAUCAUGUCCAUCAACAAAAGCGACGCAAUGGGCGAAGGAUUAUCAGAAGCAAUCAUCCAAAUCUCCUCACCCGGCGCAUUCGGCAAACUCCGCGGCGAAGCCGGCGUCCACCGCGUCCAACGCACCCCCGCAACCGAUGCAAAAGGCCGUGUCCACACCUCGACCGCAGCUGUGAACGUCCUAGCAGAGAUAUCCGAACAAGACGCCGAAGACGACGAACUCGCCCAGGUCGACAUGCGCGAAGUCAAAAUCGACGUCAUGCGUGCUCGUGGCGCCGGCGGACAACACGUCAACAAAACCGAAUCCGCAGUCCGGUUGACCCAUUUACCCACCGGCAUCACAAUUUCCAUGCAAGACUCCCGCUCCCAACACGCCAACCGCGCAAAAGCCCUCCUCGUCCUCCGUUCCCGUUUAGCGGCCCGUCGUCGGGAAGCCAACAUCCAGCGCGAGAAAAACUUACGACGGGCGCAGGGAACGGUGAGUAGGGAUCGAAGCGAUAAGGUACGGACGUACAAUUGGCCGCAGAAUAGGAUUACAGAUCAUCGGUGUGGGUACAGUAUGCAUGAUUUGACGGGGGCGAUGGAGGGGAGGGUUGCGGGGUUGAUUGAGGAGGUUGGGAGGUGGAUGAGGAGUGAGGAGUUAGAGGAGGCGAUGGCGGCGGAUCGGGAGGCAAGUGCAAUUUAGAAUUGUAUUACGAAAGCAUAGGCAUGGUGUUGAGACGAUAGAAAAGAU